AAAUCGCAAAGAUCUCAGCUAAAACUUUUGCAUCAUUGAAAUAGUCAAUCAACGUGUAUUUCUAAGCUUUGUUGGAUCGAUUCAGUAAGGAGGAUAAGGAUUAGAAGAUGACAUUUGGAAAAGUACCAAUAGUUAAAAGAUUAAACGUACACUUUUUGGUUGUAAAUAUAAUCAUGUUCUAUGUCUGUACGUUAGGAGCGGAUUGUGGUCCCUCAUACUUUGGUUUGAAUUAAUGAAUUUCUCUAUUUCAAAAAAAAAGUUAAGAUAAAAUCAAUCCAAUUAAUUAUAAUAAGUUUAAGAAUAUAAUAAAAAUAAUAUAUAAGACAUUUGAACAAACCUUUAUUUUAAUGAACUACUUGUGAAUUAAUUAAUUUGACUAACUUGCAUUGAUUGAUAUAAAAUACAUUCUCUAAGGAUAGGCCUAUGCUUUCCCUUACCAUUUGAGCCAGAAACUCUUAAAAAUUUUGACAAUAGUUAUCUGGUGUCCACUUUCCAAUCUUCUUCAAUGGCAACUGUGAUCAGCCGUGUUCAAGUGGCACCGGCAGGUAACGCCACUGAGAUGUCACUCCCCCUAACCUUAUUUGACAUGCCAUGGCUGUUUCUCUACCGGAUCAUGCGACGCCUGCUGUUCUACAGGCUUCCCAUUUCCAGGGAUACUUUCAUUGAGACCAUAUGCCCAAAACUAGUAAGCUCCCUCUCCCUAACCCUCACAUACUUUCUUCCCCUGGCCGGCAACUUGGUUUCUCCUUCAGAUUCUUGCACCAAGCCUGAGCUACGUUACAUGCCUGGGGACUCUGUUUCUAUCACCUUCGCAGAGUCUGGUGAUGACUUCAAUUCACUUAUAGGUAAUCAUCCGCGUGAUGUGAAUGACUUUUACCCUUUUGUACCUAGAUUAACAGAAGAAAAACAUAUAGGGGGUGCACAGAUAGUAGUCCCCGUCUUAGCUGUUCAAGUGACACUUUUUCCAGGCUUUGGCUUAUGUAUUGGCACUACUCAUCACCAUGUUGCUGGGGAUGGAAACACGAUGAUGAGCUUUGCUAGGGCGUGGGCUAUGAUCAGCAAACUAGGUGGAGAUUUAGAAUUCAUAGCAGAGAGAUCUGCCCAAUUUUAUGACCGAUCAAUAGUCAACGACCCCUAUGGGGUAAGGGAUCUAAUGUUUGAAGAAAUGAAGAAAGUUGCUAAGGUUGAACUAUCUGAAGCUGAAAUUUCACCCCCUCGAAUCAAUAAGGUUCGGGCUACGUAUAUCAUGCGGUGGAGAGACAUUGAAAAGCUCAAGAAUUUAGUAGCAGCCAGACAAAGAGCAAGAGAAGUUCAUAUAUCAGCCUUCACCGUAACAUGUGCUUAUGUAUGGACUAGCUUGGUGAAAGCAAGGGUGGCGAUAGGGGAGCAAUCGGAAGAUAACAAAAUGGAAUAUUUCAGUUGUGUAGCCGAUUGUAGGAGUCGCUUGAACCCACCGCUUCCAGCUAGUUACUUUGGAAAUUGUUUAGUACGCUGCUUUGUGAAAUCAAAGCAUGGAAUAUUAGUUGGAAGUGAAGGUUUUUUAACUGCUGCUGAAUUGAUCGGAGAAACAAUUCAGGAAAGAGUAACUGAUCAGGAGUGGAUUUUGAAUAGGGAAGUCUGGUUAUCAGAGCUUAAAAUAUCAGACCCACAGCGGGUAGUUGCAGUUGCUGGAUAUCCAAGGCUAGAUAUAUAUGCUGCAGAUUUCGGGUGGGGAAAGCCGGAGAAGGUGGAAUUUGUUACUAUAGAUGGUGGUAAUCUUAUGUCUAUUUGCAAGGGCAGGGAUUCUGAAGGUGAUGUUGAGAUUGGCUUGGCAAUGCCUAGAACUAAAAUGGAUGCUUUUUCUACCAUCUUUGCUGAUGGUCUUAGAAACUUCUAGGGUUUUUCGGAGUUCCUUUUGUCCCCAAUGUUCUAGAAAAAAAAAUCUUUGUUUCCUAUUACAAUUUUCAAAUUCUGCUAAUUUAGACGCUCAGAAUUGUUUUCUCUUUGAAAUUAUAUGAAUUGUUCUAGCAUUGGCCUCCAGAAAUUGAGUGAUGUGGAUUGUUAGUUGUCUCAAUGUUAAAAGGAAAAAAAAGUAAAAUGUGUUUAUCCUAAUAUAUUAGGGGGGGUGGCUGUGGAUAUGAACCUAACACUUGAGUCCUUAAGUUCUGUUUAGCAUUCAGAUACAUAGUAGAUAGAUAUCACUUGGAAAGCCACCUAACACCAUUCACACAUCAUCCAGUGUAUUAGUAUAGCUGGCAUGGCCCUACCAAAA